AUCUAACUCCUUUCUUUUGUCACUUCACUCUUAGUAGUUGUCUCUUUAAUUUGGAAGCAAACAAAAAUGGGGAAUUACAAGCAAAUAUCUCUAAUUUUGUGGGCUGCAUUGCUCAUACAUAAUUUGGUCAUUCCUGUUAUGGCUAGAGCUUCUUUUGAAGAACAAAAGACAUAUUACUCUCCUGAUCCGAGUACCGGAAAUCCUCCUAGUUCAGGUUCAGGUUCAGGUUCAGGUUCACAUACACCUCCGUCUCAUGGUUCAGGAGAAGGUGGUCAUGGAGGAAAAUCACCUGGUGGGAAUUGUGGUACCCCGGCCCCUAGUGGAGGGCAUAAACAUCACCAUCAUCAUAACCCUACCCCAUCCCCUCCAUCAGGAGGGCAUGGAGGAGGUAGUUAUUCUCCGUCUCCACCAACUCAUCAUGGUGGAGGUGGAACCCCUCCUAGUACACCAACUCCUGACCCCGGUACUCCAAGCACUCCAGGAGGUGGUGGAUACUAUCCUUCCCCUACUCCUACUACUCCUACACCUAGUACACCAUCCACCCCCUCUACGCCUACUAUUGAAACACCACCAACUCCUACCGUUGAUCCUGGAACUCCAAGCACUCCGGGGGGUGGUGGUUACUAUCCUUCGCCUACACCUACACCUACACCUAGUACCCCUUCUACACCUACUAUUGAAACACCACCUACUCCUACCAUUGACCCUGGCACGCCAAGCACUCCAGGUGGCGGUGGUUACUAUCCUUCGCCUACACCUACACCUAGUACCCCUUCUACACCUACUAUUGAAACACCACCAACUCCUACCGUUGACCCUGGCACGCCAAGCACUCCGGGGGGUGGUGGUUACUAUCCUUCCCCUACACCUACUACCCCGUCUACACCUACCAUUGAAACACCACCUACCCCUAUCAUUGACCCCGGAACUCCAAGUGCUCCAGGUGUUUUCCCAAUUGACCCCAACUCGCCACCUUUUACAUGCAAUUACUGGAGGACUCACCCGACGCUUAUAUGGGGUUUAUUUGGCUGGUUGGGAACGGUAGGAAAUUCAUUUGGUGUGGCUAGUGUUCCAGGAUUUGGUUCAAACAUGAACUUGCUUCAAGCACUUUCAAACUCUCGUACCGAUGCAUACGGGGAUCUGUACAGAGAAGGAACAGCUUCAUUAUUGAACUCCAUGGUUAGCAAAAGUUUCACCUACACUACCAAACAAGUCAGGGAUAGUUUUGUUUCAGCACUUACUUCAGACAAGUCAGCAGCAGCAGCUCAGGCACAUCUAUUCAAGUUAGCUAACGAGGGUAGAGCUUGAGCACACAAGUCCGUUAAUCCCUUUUCAAAAUCGUCACUUUUCAUCAGUUUCUCGCGCUAUGCAUGAUUUCAUAUGUAUAGUAUAUGUUUAUCGUGUGUGGAUUGAAUAUUAGUAAUGUUUAUUUUUCCUCUCUAUGCUUUUCUAUGUUACAAUAUUAAGAGGUUUAUGUAGGUUAUUAUGUGUGAAUGCCACCUUCUAUUUUCCAUGUUAUAAUAUCAAAUAUAAUAUGAAAGAGUUACUUUGGCAUAUCUA